AUGUGGGCGCCUGCCGCUGGGCAGGUGCGGGUGUCGGUGCAGACCCGCCUCUGGCCGGGGGCGCCGCAGGGCCCAGCCAGUCUCACCGCCGCUGCCGCCGCUGCCGCCCCCGUCCCCGGGAAGCCCCCUUCGCGCCCGCACGGACCCGCCUCCGGGAAGCCCCCCGUCUCCCGCCCCCGGGAAGCCCCCGGCCGGUGUCGGCGCGCGGCCGGCGAGACCCUGCGAGGCCGAGACCCUCCCGGAGCGGCGCGGGGCGGGCCCAGGGCGCGUGUGCGGGGCGGUCUCCCUGCGCUGCGGGGCCUGCGCGCUGCCUGCGGCUCGGGAAUCCGCGCGGCCCAGCCUCCGCGACGCCGGAGGAAGCCCCGCCAGGCCCGGCCCCCGCCCGCCGCCCGCCGCCCAGACCCGGGGCCGGAACCGGGACCCGAGACCAGAGACCCGGGAGCCAGGUCCGGCGCGCAGAGCCGAGACGCGAACCUAGAGCCCCCGACCGGACCUGCCGCAGCCGGGCGCGCAGACUCCAGAGCCGGCGCGGAGCCCGGAGAGCCCGAGAGCCCGGAGAGCCCGAGAGCCCGGCCCGGCUUGGAGCCCGGAGCCCGGAGCCCGGAGAGCCCGGCCCGGCCUGGCACUGAGACACUGGGGCGCGGAGACCCGGACACCCGGACACCCGGACACCCGGAGACCCGAGACCCGGACACCCAGACACCCAGACACCCGGACACCCGGACACCCGGACACCCGGACACCCGGAGACCCGGAGACCCGGACACCCGAGACCCGGAGACCCGGACACCCGGACACCCGGACACCCGAGACCCGGACACCCGGAGACCCGGACACCCGAGACCCGGAGACCCUGAGACCCGGACACCCGAGACCCGGAGACCCGAGACCCGGAGACCCGGAGACCCGGACACCCUGAGACCCGGACACCCGAGACCCGGAGACCCGGAGACCCGGACACCCGGAGACCCGGACACCCGAGACCCGGACACCCGGAGACCCGGAGACCCGGACACCCGAGACCCGAGACCCGAGACGCGGAGACUCGGAGACUCGGAGCCCCGAGACCGGAGCCCCGAGACCCGGCCCCCCGCCCGCGCGCUCCCGGCCCGGCCGCGCUCCCAUUGCGCCCCUGCUUCUGGGGGCGCCGCGCGUGCGAGCGAGUGCGGGGCUCCGCCGGGACAGACGGCCGGACCGACGGCGGGACAGACGGCCGGGCCGGGCCCCUGCGCAGAGCUGCCCGCCCCCCGGCCGGCCGGCCGGACAUGUCCAUGCCCACGUGAAGAUGGAUUUAGCGCCCGGCGUCGUGUGGCUGCUCGCGGUGCUCGUGGAAGGCGUCUCCGGACAGGGCGUGUACGCCACCGGCCCACCUCGCCCACCCUCUGCUGCCAGUGCCCCCGGGCUGCAUUCCGGCCCGGGAAGUGGGUGGCGGUCGCGGCCGCGGGCACCGGCUGGGGAGAGGCGGCCGAGCGGUGGGACCCGAGCCCGGGCGCGUGGGGCGGAGGGCAGGGCGCCUGCCGGGCUCCCCGGAGGGCUCGGGCCUCUGCGGAGGCCCCUCUGGCGGCUGAGGACCGAGCCAGGGCGCCGUGGCCCGCGGGGCCGUGCGGGGCCUCGGUGCGAAGCCGGGUCCCUGUGCCCGGCCGUGUGCGCGGAAGGACGCUCGUUCCCAGGCUCUGGCUGCAUUGCGAGAGUCUCCGCCUGGGACGCGCGGCCAGGGCCACCGACGGGGGCGCGCAUCUACUUCUGUGCUCCCGAGGCUCGGCGGCGGGGCUGUCCGGAGAGGGGCGAGGGGCGAGGGGCGAGGGGAGCGGGGCUGGAGGGGCAGGGGGCCCGCGGGGAAGGAGGGCUGCGGGGUCUCGUUCUGGGCCCGGCGCUCGGUGCUGCUGCUAUGUCGGUGCCUGGGCUGUGCGACUGCAGGGAGGGGCCCCGCGAGCCCCGCACCCCCGGCCUCCCUGCGCGGCACGGCGGGCUGGGCCGGAGUGCGGGGGCCUGGCCUCCGGAAGCUCCCGGGGAGCCUGGGGGGCGCAGUGUUUGCAGACUGGCUGCAGGGGACACUCCCGAGCCUCGGCUGCCUGUCCCCGCUGGACUGCGGCCGGCCGGCGGACUGGGCGGGGGUUCCCGGCAGCCACGCCCCUCCCCAGUCUCCCCGCUUCCCUCCUCCGCGCUGCCGAGGCGUUUUUCACUUGA